AUGGACUUCCAGAGCAUGCCAGAGCCCGAGAUCGCAGAGCUGCCUAAGCUGCGGAUCUUCUCCUACUCGUGGCCUGAGAUGCUGCAUUUGCCACUGCUGCUCCGCUGCGCCGAGCAGAGGCAGAGGCAGAGCAUGGCGAGCCAGCGACGGACCUGUGCAACGAAGAUCAGUGAGACUUACUGCGGACUUCUUCAUCGACGCCCUGCCUACACGGAGACUACGACGGAAGAUCCUUUGCCGUCUUUGGGCAGCUGCAACUGCAUGAAUGCCGCUCUUGAGGCUGGGGUUAGUGGAGUGUCCUGGAACUGGCAGCAGCUCUCCAACGUAGCUUUCCUAAAGCUGCAGCUUGCCAGGCACGAGCUCCUCUUUUGGUCAGGCCUAACCAUGGAUACCAUGACAAACAUCCUGUUUGGCAUGCCGCACUCUGUCAUGGGCUUCUUCGGACACCCUUCCUUGCUAGAGCUUCUUCGGCGACGAGCGUUUUAUGAGGACACUCAAGGCUUGGAGUGUUCUGACCGAGAUGACUGCAGGGCGAAACGUGUCUUAACACUUAUUGAGUGGCUGAUGCUGGCACGAAAUGUGUUCUGUCAACACGGAGCCCUCUCAACUUGGGAGCUAGCGUCAAACGAGCAAAGUAUCGACCUGAUAGAUUUCCGCCGUCACACCCUACUUGUGGAUACCAUGUUUGUGGAGCUUCUCAGCGAUGCACAAGACUCAACAUGGGGACCAAGCAUCGAGCUGCUGUUGAACGUUCUGCAGGAGGAGCUGGCAGUGGAUUUUGGCUUGAAGUUCCGGGAGACAAGCCCGUGGUGCAGCACCAACAUCAGCGCAGAAAGUGCCAAUCGGGAACCGGCACGGCUUUUCACAGACCUGGACUUCUCAUGGUUCUCCAAGCUGUGCGCCUUAUCUUUGGAGCCGCAGCAAACUUCCGAAGCAACGGAAGCUGUAGACUUAGAACCCCCAGAGCCGCACAUAGCUGAAGAGCCUUCGACCUGCCAUGCCAGUGAUACCAGUGAAGGCUCACCCCUCAGGAUGGGUGAUCUUCUGUUCCAUGUGUUGGGCCAUGCCGUGGUGAGCCCACAGCAUCGGCUCACCGAUAGUGCAAUGGAAGUCGAGGUGCUGCUGUUUGUUUACAGUCUGGAUGGCUGCAUCCCAGUCGUGAGAGAGAAGAUCGGCCAUGUACUCUCCCAGCCAGCGGUGCCGCUCUUCCCUUGGCGCUGCAGUUUCGACGGCUGGAGUGGCCAAGCUGUUCCAGUCUCCAUGAUGGGCUUCACUCGGACGAUCGUGCGCCCGGUCCCGGCGUGGAUUCGUCAGCCUUCGCUCCUGCGCCUCUUCGCAGAACCUCAGGACAUUCAGCUACCAAUCUCCCUUUGUCAGAAGCAGAGCCAGCCAAAGGAGCGCCUGCGAUUGGCCAUCUGCCUGCGGAUCCAUUAUGACAUCAGAGGGCUGGAGUCUGGCUUACCAUAUCUGGUCCGAGAUUGGAUGAAUUUUCAUCUACUUUCAGGGGUGGAUAAAUUCGUGAUCUACGAUGAGGAUGGAUCCUUUAGUGAAGUCGAGGCUGACUUGUCAAGGCAUCCUCGGGUAAGCUACUUCCCGCAUUGGCCAGAGACUUCUCUGCCACUUCUUUCGAGCCGUUUGCAGUUGGGGAAGCAAGAAGUCGGAAAAGACAGCCUGGCCGCACAGGCCAACUCUCACUGCGUUAUGAUGUUGAAGGGACAAGUGGACUGGAUCGCCAUGCUGCCCGGCUUUGAUACCUUUCUCUGGACUUCGCAAAGCUCAAGCCAGACCGGUGCCUUGAAGGCCGUGCUUGCAACCGUGGAGCCUCACCGCCCAAAGCUGGCUGCCCUUCAGCUCAUGGAGGUGCAGUACACUCAGGGCAAUUAUAAACAGGGUUCCACACUCUUGUCUCAACGGAUGCGAGGGCCCUCCAUCACGAACCAAUCGCACACGCUGCUGCUGAACCCAGAGACGAGAUCAUUGUUUGGUAGAAUUCUUGUAGGGCAGCUGUCACUAUUCAGCCCUGUCAGCAAAAUCACGAGCCAUCUUGUUCAAUUGUCUCUGACUGUUACCCCAGACAAUGUGCUGGAAGUUGGGAUGGGCCACUUCGCUCUGCCACGCCAUGAUGCACACCUUGUGGUAGUCGAAGAAAGUCGGCUGCGAGUGAACCACUACAUUGACUUUGUGGAGUCCAGUGGCUCCCGCUGUGUGAACUGCACAAUUCUGGACGAUGCGCUUAGCCCGGAAUUGGAGUCAGAGCUGGAGAUGAUGCGGCAGACGACCUGA